GCUCUCACCACCUAGGCACCCCCCCAAGACCCCAUUCCUGAACGCAUGACAACGCAUUCCUCGUGCCGUGCCUCUCUUUCCACGGGGGCCUGUGCAAGGCACCCUACAGGCUGGGCUCCCUCCCUUUCGUCUCUGAUACACCUGCAGCGCAGGCUACGCCAUCGUUCCACAACACGCUCGCACGUUUACCGUGAUAUUGCGCGCUCACAGCUCAUGAUCCUCCAACCCCUCCCCUUCGAAAAGCUGACAGGACAUGCAUAUGGUUUAUCAUGACUACGGAAAAUCAAGAUAGCAAGAAAACAACGACCGAUGCCGCUCAUAGAGAAGCGCUACAGUACUGGGGAUUCCUGAUCAAAGAGGACCGGUGCGGCACAGACAUGUUGGACAGGCUAUUGAAGGGCAUUGCAACAGUCAUUAGCACCAAGUUUGAACCUCACGACUGUUCGGAUCUCAAGCCCACCCAACUCGCCGCCUUCUACCGGGCUGUCGGCGGAGACUAUGAUGUUCUCUUUGUCGAAACGCCGCCAUCGUCGAUUUCCUUUAUAUACCGUGCGCUGGGCGCAUUGCACAGCCUGCAACCGACGCCGGAAGAUGAUGGAUACUCGGCACCGACCGUUCCUGCGCUCAAGGCGAAAGGGUUCGUGACCUGGCAGACGAUUCAGCUGCUACUCGGUCCGGAGGAGCAUGCGCGAUUCUUACAGAAGGCGGUGGAAUUGUUCGACGUCAAAGACCCGUUGACUGGGCAGGUGUUCCCCAAGCUGCUUCCAAAGGAGUGCUUCCCGGACCGCCCGGAUGAGGCCAUGGAAGAAUGGUACCAGAGCGUGGCUGAGCGUCUGAAGCGCGAGGCCGAGAUGGAAACAGCUGGGAAAGAGGAGACGGCCAGGGUGCGCGUCGAGGUGCGCGACGACGGGCCGCGGUCAUCCAGCGAGAUAUCGGAGGAGGAGAGGCGUGGCGCUGCGUCCUACUUCUCCGAUCCCCUCUACCGACGCGAAAGGCCCAGGGCUGGCUAUGCGAGACAGUAUUCUAAGCAAGCAAGCUACUCGGAGGAUUGGGGCGGUGUGGUGGGUAGGGUUAGACAUAUGUUGAACCCCUUCCAUCGGGACCGGAGGAAAGACCGGCCCAGAAGAGACACGGACGAAGAAUACUCUGACGACAGCCUUGAUGCCACUCCUCUUGCGUCGGUCCCACCUCCGAUCCACCAUCACACAUAUGCGCCUCCAGAGCGCAAGCGACCGCAUGCACCCCGAAGGGAAGGCUCGGCAUCCACGAGCGACUCGGAUUCCGAGUCGGACAGGCCUCGAUUGUAUCGCACGUCCCCCGUUCUCAGGCACAGACGUAGCCACCCUCCCUCAAGCCCACCAGAGUACUUCCCCGCGUACUACGGGGAACGAGAAAGGAGGUAUAGCCACGAUACCAAGCCGGACCCGCGAAGGAAGCAGGCUGAUGGACCCCCGCCUCCUCUGUACGGCCCAACAAAGUCGCCCCUCUUCGCCACCCAUGUGGCUCAGCUACAGGCGCACGCGUAUGGUUACGAGCGGAGGUCGGCAGCAGGGCCGGCACGCACGUCGAAUCGGCCGGAAGAGAUUCGAUACGUGGCGAAGGUCAGUGACACGGACGGUGGAUAUGCAAGAGAACGGGAGAGGCCCAGAGAAAGGGACAGAGAGAGGGAGAGGGGUAGGGACAAGUACAACUCGCCCAGCUCACGGUGCAGUCGACCUUAUGAAGACGAACGGCGAAGGAGCGACGGGUACCCGGAGGAGAGGAUGGGGGUUCGGGGGGACAUGCUGCGGACGAGGAGCCACGACCGCGUGAAGGAUGGGUGGGACGAGCGAGAGCACUCGAAGGAGCGGGGGCGCGAUGGAAGAGUGAGGGCGAGGUAUGUUGGCGGGGCAGGAGGAGUGCAGGAUGGAGUGGGAGGGCGGAGGUAUGCAGCGGAGCCGCCGUGGCGGUGAGGAGUUCCCAGUUCCCAGUGUCUGUAUUUUUCUUUCUUCCUCCCUUUCUAUUUUCCCCCUCUUUUUCUUGAUAUAUGUCUUUUCUUCUUCGACUUAUACUCUUGUCCUUGAAGCGGCAUGGCGUUUAAGGGGGUCGGAGAUGAUGGUCACGACGAGGCAACGAGUGCAUGGGACAUGGGUGUGUGAUGAUCUGAUGAUGAUAUGCGUUGGACAAUACGAGAAAUGAAGACAUUGGACUCUACUUUACUUUGGUUUUGGGGUCCAAUUGUGUAGGGUGGGUGCACAACAGUCAUGGUCGAGGGUGGGGGGCUCUACGCUCCAUUGUACAUGUGGACUCGCACUCGGAUGAAAAGCGUGAGAGAUAUCAUACGGAUACGAUGGUCUUAGCUACCCUACUCUGUACUCUGUACAGCCCUACUUGUAUUUUACAGUACACAGUAUGUACUUGUGUCCUUGGUCAUGCC